CACCAGGGGGGCCAACGCCUCCCCCUGGCCACUGCCCAUUUCGAUCUGCGGCGUGUCUGGCCGUGGAUGCUUAGUGGUGGAUCGGCACCACCAACGUCCCGAUUUGGACUGCCAUCGACUCGCUGCCGCUGCCGACUUUUGCUCAAACAAACACAGGACAGAGCAGGAGCAAACCUCUUUGCGACUGCACACAUUGGACACACACACCUCAGGCCUUCAGACAUUCAGACAUCAUCUGCCUUCUACCCCAAACACACCUGCCCUGCCUGAGGCACACCUCAACUCCCUCCCUGUAUCUCCUUGGCGGGUAUCCACGCCGCCCGUUGCCGCCAGCACCGUAUCCCGUGACAGGUCACCUUCUCAUGUUCGGCUGCACCAGAUGAGCAGUCGGUUGUACAUUGUGCCAUCUUGAUUGAAGGAAAGGGGCCAUACUUGCUUUUCUUGCCUUGCUCGCUUUUUCCACAAGACCGCGCAAACCAUGACAAACGUCACCAACGACCGUCGCGUUGGUGACGACAACAACACCGGCAAGGACGACUCCAGCGACAGCCUGAGCUCGUCAGCGCGCCAUAGCCAGGAUCUGUCAGACUCUUUUGUUGACAUAUCAAGCUACUCGCCCUUUGCCGACAGCUACAGUCCCCUCGCCACUGCGGGCAACGACAACUCCAACAGCAAUCUUACCAGAAGCCCAUCUCAGAUGGCGUCAAGUGCGUCGAGACCUUCACCACUGGCUGGGGAAGCUAGCAAGGAAACAUCCGGCCCAUCUUUCCCAGCGCAGAACCAGCAGUACCUCGCGCCGCACUCGCCAUGGCUACACCCUGAGGAUAAGUCGGCUGGCUUAAAGUCAGACCAGGAUUCAUCAGUCAUGGUGCAAUUAUUAUCGCCAGCGUCCCCGUUACCUGCCCAGCAACGUCACCAAGACAAUGCCUCACGUGGUGUUCCCGGCACGGCGGGGGACCAGUCAGCUGCCGCAGCACCAGCUCCGGGGAAGCGCCAGCGUGUGGCCAGGUUCGUGGAAAUGCUUAAGGGCAACCCAUCUCCACCGUCGCGGCAACUGGAUAUCGGCUCGGACACUGCAUAUCACGGUGUCAAGGGUGGCAGUAGUGGCAAUGGUGGAGGAGGGAGCCCUCCGAAUGGGAGCCGUCUUGACGACGACGAUGAUGACGACGACGAUGCGGACCAUGAAGAGCUCGUGAGGAAAUUCAAUCAGGGGCCUCCUCUAGACUGCCAUUCGGCCAGGGAUGUCCACGUGCGGCGGCGAAGCUCCCUCUACAUCAUCCAGAUUCUCCUCUCCAUCUACUCAACCGUUCUGAGCGGACUCUGGCUCGUAGUCGCCAUCUACCAGCCUCGCUACGGCAGAGGCGUCUCGUCCAGCUCGCACUCCUCAGUGGUGCUGUCACCCUCAACGGCAUCUGUCCUGUCAACUCUGUUCUCGAGGACGAUCGAAAUGUCGUUCGUGACGGUGUUCGUCGCCUGCCUGGGACAGGUGCUCUCCCGGAGGGCAUUCGUGAGGCAGGCAAAGGGUGUCACCCUGGCCGAAAUGACGAUGAGAAAUUGGGUUGUGCAACCCGGCUCGCUCUUCACAUACUGGCAGGGCAUUCCCCUGGCAGGCAAGACUCUGACUGGAGCUCUCACCAUGGUCGCAGCUCUGGCGGCUCUGUUCUACACGACCGCGGCAGAUGCCAUGAUCAGUCCCAAACUGCGAUUUGGAGACUGGUACCCUCGGGAAUUGCAGGGUCUAGUACAGGCAUCGUAUUCUAAUCCACUCUUCGUGCAAGACACCUGCCCGACACCAAUAGAUGCGCAGCUGGACGCGAUGUCUCAUGGCGCAUCUUGUCUUGACAUCAAAUACUCUGGUCAAUCGUACCACAAUCUUCUCACCUUCAUGAAAGAUUGGCAAGGCAUCCAUGAUGCCGGUGACUCUCAGAAGGCAACGACACUCAAGACACGACCGAACGGCAAGCACAGCCUGUUCGAUAACACCACAAUGACAUCUUCAUGGAUUGAGACGGGCACUGGUGACCCUGCGGAACUUUUCAAGAAGUAUAAUCGCAUUGUCAAUAACGUGACCCUCGCAAUGCCGCAUCCAGGGGUGUACGAGUCAGCCACUGACCCUAUCAAUGGGAUACUGCAGCCUGACGAGCUGUCUGGCGUGGGCGAGUACUCAAUCAAGGCAGCAGUGGUGUCGCCAGCUGUCAAUAUCCUGUGUGUGAACAUGGCAAAGUCGGAGCUCAAGCCAUUGGUGUACACUCAAUGGCCCAACAUUGUCACCGAGGAGACGGGCAUGCCAGGACAGACGCGAGGCCAUGAGACCUGGUUCAAUGAGGUGCCGCCCCCUAGCAAAGACCAGUGGCUCAACAAGACUGUCGUCGAUGACAUCUUCCGCUGGGGCGAGAAGUAUGGGAGACGGCCGCCCGUCUUCCAAUUGUUCCCCUAUGACUACAACAUGAUAACCAACACAACCGUUGUUGGAGGUGACGCUAAUUACCUGCUCGCCAAGUCCGCAUUGAUCGACGACUACACUCUAUGCGAGAUGCGCUCUUGGACAACUGCCGACUGCUCGACACGAUUCGAUAUAUCCGGCACGGCAGGUGGCAACAUGAAAGCUCAUUGCGAGGACCCCGACGAUACAAUCUCCUACCUUCCCUACGCGAAAGGUGUGCAGCCGUCACCUUCACUCGACUGGAAGAACAUGGUUGAUCAAUGGCGCCUGAGCAUGGAUCUCAACGGAGGUAUUUCCACAAGCAACGCAUCAACAUCUCGCAUCAUGACCAACUUGAUUCUUACCCAGCCAAGACUCGACCCGCUCCUACCGAGCAUGGCGGAGGCCAUGGCCUCGCUUUCCGCGUCAACGCUGGUCGGCGGCUCCCUGGGCUCAACAUUCAAGCAUUUCUGGGGUUAUCCCGAAAACUGGCUUAAGCCUGGAGUUUACGAGACCUUUCCGAUCGUCAUCCAGGAGCAGCAAUUCACCUCAUCGUACGAGUCAGACUGGCAGCGCAUAUUCUAUGUCGUGCUGAUUCUCGUGUUUGUCAUCAAUGUCAUGUGUUUCGCCUACCUCGUGUUCAGAACGGGCAUGGUCACCGACUUCACCGAGCCACAAAACAUGUUCUGCCUCGCGGUCAACUCGCCCCCGAGUGUGGCGCUCCGGGGAAGUUGUGGUGGAGGGCCGGAAAAUGUGCAGCUGAGGACUCCGUGGCGUAUUUCGUACUCCGAGGCUGCGAACCAUUAUUACCUCCAGGAGUCUGGCACGCAGGUGAUGAGACUUCGUAACGUCAGGAGUGGUGCCCCUGAAGAUAAGACUGAAGAAUAUCAACUCCAGGAGCAACAAGGUCGAAGAGAUCAUGCCGGCAGAAUGCAUGGCGAUAAUGGCGGAGGACGGAGCGACAGCGGAUUGAGCAGUGGAACGGAAAUGCUGCAUCCCGAGGGAAGGUAUCGCAGUAGCUAUAGGCAGCUGACGACGAGCAAGAUCGGCACUUGGCUAUAGCAGCUUCUUGAUGCAACGAAGGGGACAUCGGGCUCAAAUGUCUCACGGCAGGUCUAUUAACGGAUAUUGGGCAUGAGACGGCUAGCAAUGGUUUAGAAACUGGUCAUGAUGCAUAGACAAGACUUGAAUGCUAGUUUAAGAUAGAUUCUGGGUAAUGAUAAUGAAGAGGAUGAUGACCAGGCGCGAGU